CGCGCAAUGCGCGGGUCUUAACCUAGUAUAAGAUAAUUCGAAGUUUUCCAAAAUAUUUGAAAAUAUAUAUAAAUAGUCAAAAUUAAAUGUCUAAAAUAGCUAAACAAUACUCAAGUGCCAAAAAUACUUGAAAUAUAAACUGAUUAUCUAUCCAAAUAUUAAGGCCAAACCAAUUUAUAUUUUAGUUUUAGGUAUUUUGGCAUACAUUAUUCAAAUUUAUAUGUAAUAUAUUAUUUUGUUUUUUAAUUUUGAGAAAUUUAAAGUAUAUAAUGAAUUUAAUUUGUUUUUAAAUAAUUUAAACGGGUUAUCCGAACCUGAACUGAACCGGGACAGAUUAAAACAGAGAUUUAUAAAUAUCCUAGUGGGUCUGAUAUCUUUAACCCCUAAAAUUUGAAUAGACCCGAAUCAAAAUUUAAUGUGUAGCCGAACGCCCACCCCUAGAAAACAUCGAGUCGGAGUUGAGAUUUGGUCUGGUGUUGAUCGACUCCAUUAUUGGUGUCGGUCGAUACCCAUUGUGCACAAGAGUUCCGACGAGUUUUUAUUAUGUUUCAAAAAUUAUAGUUUGACCGAGAAGUUUACCUUAUUUGCAAUUAAGUCCUUGAUGUGUUUUAAACCUAUAUUUAUUAUUUUUGACCCAUUGUUUAGGCUACGCUUUAUUUUACACUUGGGGAGCAAUUUGGAGAGACAAAUCAAAUCUCAGUAGAAAGAAGAUUUCAAACUCUCUUAUUACUCUCUUUGAUUUAUUAGUGCAGUUUAUUUAUACUAUGACUUGUGUUUCUUCUAUUAUGUCUAAGUAAUUCACCUGUUAGAUUUAUAGUUUUUCAAGAGUUUAGGAUGAAUUGUUAGAUUGAAUUGAAUUGCUAAGGUAAUCUUGUAUUCUUCAUCUGGAUUGUUCUUAAUGCUAAAUUUGGAUUGACAACCAGAAAUCUAUAUUUUAGGAUAAUUGGUAGACACAACAGUGUUAUUGAUUUAUUGGUUUAGAAAUUUGGUGAACUUAUCAAACUUGUUCUUAAUACUUCUCUGAACUGAUUGAAUUUGCAAAAAUAUUUGAAAUUCUAGGAUCUAGACAUAGAUAGUCUCUGCAACGAGAGUGGAUUGCUUUAAUUAUUGUGAUUUGAGUUCAAGAACAAUUCUCCAUAAAUCCUUAGCAAUUGUUGAUCUGCAAUUUUGAUUCACAUGUGAAAUUCCUUGAGUCUAGUGUAUUUCAUAUUUGAACCCAUGUUUGAAACUACGCUAGGCGCUAGUCGGGCGGCAACCUCGGGCCUAGCGAGUUACUAAAAAAUCGGAGAUUAAUCAGGAUAUACGCGGGGAUUAGUUUUAAUUAUUAUUUUAUUUUAUUAAAAUAUUUAAUUUAAAUAUAUAAUAUAAAUAAAUUAGAAUAUAAUAUUUUUCGUAUGUUAUUAUUAAAAUUUAUAUUUAUUGGUUUUAACAAAAAUUAAUUGUUGGCAAAAAUGAAUAUCAUAUAAUUGAAACACAAAUUAAUGGAGGACUAUAUGUAUAUAUAGAGACAUAUGAGUAUUAAAACAAGUAUUCGUUGUCUCCUAGUGGCUGAGACAUUUGCUAUUGUGCUGAACAACCCGGGAUUCGAUCUCUCUUAGUGCUUUUUAUUUAUUAUUGUAUUAUUUCUUCUCCUUGGACAAAGUUCCACAUCGCUUACGGGAAAAAAGAGAGGCAAAGUCUGACUCUAUAUAUAGAAUACACAUACAAUGCAAACUCAAGGUAUAUGGGCUUCGGAUUUCCUAAGAGGCCUAAUAUAACACCUUCAUAGUUUACCAUUUAAACCUAUUAAAUUGGGCCGAUUAAUUUGUUAAAUGACCGAAUAAUCAGUAAUUGGGCCGAGUAAUCGGUUUAACGGGCCGACUAAUUGGCUAACGAUUUUGUUGGCCAUUUUCCUCGGAAGGUGUCCGAACAGCGAUUAGCCGGGCGGCUAGGCGUCCGCGUUUUCGAACAGAGAUCUGAACUAACAACCACUUUUGCUUUCUGUAUUUUAUUACUUUACAUCUAUUACUGUUUAGCUUAAAUCAAAUACUGAAGUCUAUUAAGUGAUCCAACGAUCCGAAAUUGGAGAGUAUUUCAUUGGGUUAAUUUGAGCAUAUCAAAUGUAAUUGGUCUUUGUCUUGACAGUGAUGAUUACUGAUCAAAAUCUGGAUACACAUCGUGAGAUCAUCUCGAUCAUCAUUAGCGAUAAGUUUGACACCAGGGGCGGAUCUACAGUGUGAUGAACGGGGGCACGUGCCCCCGACUACUUUAUAAAAUCUAUUCAACAACCAAGGGAACAACUCUGCUUUUGUAGACUAGUUGGUAAAGAAGCCCCACUGUUGACCUAUUCUUCCAUGGUUCGAUACCACCCAUCUUUAUAAUUACUUUUUUGUUUUCUCCACUUUGUUGUACAGUUAAUUUGCUGUUUGACACGUUUACAGUCUACUUUUACUGUAUCUUUCUUUACAAGUUAUAACUUAUAUGCAGCAUUUUUCCUUCUUCUUCCUUUUGUUUAUUUGUUUUUCAUAGUUUGUAUAUUAUAUUUUAGAUAUAUUCAUCUUUAGAUUUCAAGUUUGGUGCCACAUUUUAAGUAUAUUUUUAUUAUAACAAACAUUCACAACUGCUAGUAAAUAAAUAAAACCAAUUAAUAUUAAAAUAAUAAAUUUAUCUAUUCAUUUUUAUUUCAUAUUUUAGAGUUUAGUUUAUAUAAAGAUGAUGAUAAAACAGUUUAUUUACAAUUUUGACAUAUUGUUAUAUAUAUAUAUAUAUAUAUAUAUAUAUAUAUAUAUAUAUAUAUAUAUGUAAACUUCAAGGUUACUUUUCUAUAUAUUUUCAAAUUAUUUUUGUGUAACAGAAUUAUUGUGAUUAGUAACAUUUGUGAAGAAGUGUAAGAAUUCUUAAAGUUAUUUUAUAAAAAUGUUUCAUGUGUUCAAAAAGUUAGUGUAAAUUAUUUUCACAGAUUAUAGUUAGCUUACAAUAUUUUUAACAAAUUAUUAUUUAAUUAUACUAUAUAUAAAAAUAAUUUUAAAUAUAUUUAUUAAUUAUGUGCCCCCGUCAAAUAUCCGGUCUGGAUCCGCCACUGUUUGACACAUGACCAUUUGGUAUAUACCGGUUAUUAGAAUUCUAUCAUGUUGUCGGUGUGGGACAAUUCUACGGCAGUCCCGUUCAGAUAUUCUUUAUCUUCGUGGCGGAAAGGUCUAUUAUGAUGUCAUUUUGACAAAAUUUGGUCAAAUAUCGAUUACAUGAUAUUAUUCGUCGCUGUAAAUGGUGACUUAGCCGAAGAAUUUGGGAACAAAACAAAUUACAAGACUUGUUGAAAAAUCUAUAUGUUAGAUCAUGAGUAGAAGAACAACUUCAGACGCUGUCGAAGAAUCAUUUUUUUUUGACGUCAAACGUCCAUUCUAUUUACUCAAGCUUGAGGUGGUUUGGGUUGUAGAAUUAAGAACUCACAAACACAAGUAUUGCCUCACGAACACAAGUGUUAUUCCUCAAAUAAGAACUCUUCUUAUUAACUCACAAUGCUUAAGAAAACUCUCUCAAAAACUUAAGCUCUCAACUCUCACAAGUUAUGCUACAUAUCAGCAUCUCCUUAUAUAUCUCUUAAUUAUCCUAACCUCAUUAGGAUUUACUCAACUUAAUAUUUCCUAAUCUCUUAUAGAUAAACAUAACAUAACUUGUGUCUCAAGUAAACUUCAAGCUUAUCCUUCAUGGGUAACCAGACCGGAAUAUAUUUUGAUACAAUAUAUUUAGUAUCAAAACAUGGAUAAAUAUAAUAUCGCUGAUAUCAUGGAAAUCUCCAUGGAAAAACAAAAGUAUAGAAAGAAAGUGUAUUGUCUUUUGUUAUAUGGCAAUACUUAUACAAUUGUUGAAAAUUGGUUUUCUAGAUUUUAAAUUUUUCGGUUGAAUACUUUGGAUUCUAUACUGAAAAUAUUUAUAGCUUUGGUUUUGGAUGAGAUCAAUGGAAUAAAACAAAGAAAAUUAGUGUUUGUGAUGUGACCAAGAUUCGAAGUUCGCAAAAAAUUAAUAGAAUUGAUAUUUUAUUGAUAAAAAGAUUUUGGAAGGAAUUUUCUCUUAAAAAUUUACUUCAUUUGAAUUGAUAUUUUCAGUAUAAAUUCUAUACUGAAAAUAUUUAUAGCUUUGGUUUUUGAUGAGAUCAAUGUAAUAUAACAAAGAAAAUUAGUGUUUGUGAUGUGACCAAGAUUCGAAGUUCCCAAAAAAUUAAUAGAAUUGAUAUUUUAUUGAUACAAAGAUUUUGGAAAAAAUUUUAUCUUCAAAAUUUACUUCAUUUGACGAUGUAUUGUUGUCUUUAGACCAUUAGCAUUGGUAGUUUCUACAUGAUUUUUUAGGAUAGUUUCUAACAAUAAAAAAUUAUAAAAGAAGAGAAGUACGAGAUAUAAUCCCUUUGUAAAGAACAUCCGACACCAUCUUGAGGUACUCUAUUGACACAUGUUAGUAAUUCAUUUUAGCUAAAACAUAAUUACGUAAUCAGUUUCAUUUUUUUUUAGAUUUAUGAGAGAUUUGUGGAGUCUCUCACUACUAAAUACUAUUGAUGCCCUUAGUCAUUUUUAUCGUGUUAUUUGAUGUUUUCUAUUUUUAAAUGUAUUGUAUAUGCAUUAUCUUUUAAAAGUCUAACUAAUAAAUAUAUAAACAAAAAAAAUAAAAACUUUAAGUGGUCGUUAUUUUGUGGGGUGCGUUGAUCUGUUGGAAACACGAGUAACAUUAUGAGAACUGAGAAGACAUGUAUGCUGGCUGCAAGCGCACGUCAUCGUCACUCACUGCUUAUGUGACCGAAAGAGUAUGAAGCCGAGUGAUUGACAUGUAGUUUUAGAGUUGAAUUACAAUAUGAUUUAUAGUUCGAUGUAACUUGCAGUAAAAAGUAUGUGGUAAAAACGGUAAGUUUAUGUGGUAAGUUUUACAGUAAAAAUAAAAAUUAUCAUUUUAUUAAAACUUGUGACUGGUAAUAUUUUUGAUGUAUAAGUUGCAGUAUGAGUUCUGAAUAAAAGAAUUAAAUAUAAAAACAGAGAAAUAAAUAUUUUCGUAUUAAGCUAUUUUUAAAAUAAAUAGAAAUAAUUUUUUAAAAUAAGUAUAAAAGUUUAAAAAAUAAUUUUCAGUAUAUAUAAUUUUCUAAGUAUUAUAAUAACUACUAAUAAUAUUUAUUUUAAUAUCAAUAAUAAGUUAAAUUAAAUGAAAUAAUAUUAUUAGCAUGAACUUUAAAUUAAAAAAACCAAAUAAUAGAAAAAAAUUACAAAUGUUCGUGAAAAUUAAAAAAACAAUUAUAGACCUUAAGCUUUCGGGUUUUGAGAAUGGCCUGAUACCACACUAACUUAGGUCAAUAUAUAUAGAAUUUUGUGACUGGUGUUUUUUUUUUUGAAUUAUCAAAUAGAAUUUAUGCUUCAGGUUUUGUAUAAUUGACUAAACAUUUGAAUAAUUUAAAAAAUUAGGAACAAGAAAGAUUAUAAAAUCUUUGACUAGCAUAAAUUUAGGUAGAGUAUUUAUGGGACACUCAAAUGGUUGUUCACGAUUUUCUCUUGUUGUAAGAAGGUCUGUUCACGAUUUUUUUUUUUAAAACGGAAAAAUCAAUUAAAUUUGUAACUCAACUCUUAAAACAUGGGAUUUGGUUGAUAUAGGUUUAUCUUUUGAGUUAGCAAUUUUAUAAAGGGUUUAAGUCAAAGUUGUAACUCAAGUACAACACAUCUUAAAUCAAACUUAAAAUCAAAAAAUUAAAUUUAAUGCAUGAUUGGUAACAUUUUUGAGUUACAAUCUUAACUCAAACUUAAUCAACCCUACCACAUGUCACCAAUCGUCUUUUCUUUGUUUCUUCUUCUUGCUCUGGACAAAUCCGGAAACAUCGGGACGCGUAGAUUUUUUGUGUUAUUUUAACUUUGUGUCUACAAAGUUAAGCUUCAGUCCAAAAGUCGGUAUGCCCCUUAGUUUCAGGUCUCUUUAACAUUACGUUGGGUCAUAUCAUAUGGGUAAUAAUUAACAUGCAUGUCACUUGUCAGUAACCCAUAUCGGAUUCAAUCCACGGUUUUGCAUUUUAAGAGAUAGAUAAGUAGAGGUGCAAUGGUACCAGCACUAAUACACUGGAUCUCAUCAAAACUCUGCAGUUGCUUGGACGAGAGUAGUAUUAAGAUGGGUGACCUCCCAGAAAAUCUUCGUGUUACAUUCCAUAUUAUAAAAGUGUUUAAAAAAAAAGGAGAUAGAUAAGUUUAGCAUUUGCCGCUUUAAAAAAAAAACAAAUUCUAAAUUAAAAUCAGUAAUAAAUACUCUAUAUCUCAUAUGAGCCCGUAUAUAUAGAUAGUCUAUGGUCUUAUCCCAGUUCAUGCACCGCCAUUGACAAGCAAGAAACAACUUCUAAUAUAAGGAAAAGGUCAUGGAGCAGCCGCACGCGCUUCUAGUCGCUAGCCCUGGCUUAGGCCAUCUCAUCCCUAUCCUCGAACUUGGAAACCGGCUCUCCUCUGUCCUCAACAUCCGCGUUACAGUGCUCGCAGUAACAUCCGGUUCCUCCUCCCUGGCCGAAACCGAGGCCAUACGCGCAGUUGUUGCUAGGGGGACAUGUGAAGUUACAGAAUUACCCUCGGUUGAUAUAGACCACUUCGUGGAGCCAGAUGCGACGGUGUUCACUAAAAUUGUAGAAAAGAUGCGAGCCACAAAGCCCGUGGUUCAAGACGCCGUCAAAUUAAUGACACAAAAACCGACGGUCAUGAUCGUUGACUUUCUUGGUACCGGAAUGAUGUCCAUUGCCGAUGAUGUCGGCAUGGCUAAGUACGUUUACGUCGCUUCCCACGCGUGGUUCUUGGCAGUGUUGGUGUACUUGCCCGUAUUGGAUAAGGUUGUGGAAGGGGAAUACAUUGAUAUCAAAGAGCCUAUGAAAAUUCCAGGUUGUAGACCGGUUGGAGCGGAUGACAUCAUGGAAACAAUGCUAGACCGGUCGAACCGACACUACCGAGAGUGUGUACGGUGUGGCGAGGAGAUACCUAUGAGCGAUGGUGUUUUGGUGAAUACUUGGGAGGAACUACAAGGAAAUACUCUAGCCGCGCUUAUGGAGGACGGAGAAUUGAGCCGGGUUAUGAAAGUACCGGUUUAUGCUAUUGGGCCAAUUGUUAGGUCUAAUGGGCCUACUAAAAAGCCUAAUAGUAUAUUCGAGUGGUUAGACAAACAACGGGAAAGGUCAGUAUUGUAUGUGUGUUUAGGCAGUGGUGGAACGCUGUCUUUAGAGCAAACGAUAGAACUUGCAUGUGGAUUAGAGUUAAGUGGUCAAAGUUUUCUGUGGGUUCUGCGUAAGCCCACUUCUUACCUAGGUGAAAGCUCGAACGAUGAUGAUCUGGUAAGUGUCGGUCUACCGGAAGGUUUCUUGGAUCGCACACGUGGUAUGGGUCUUGUGGUCACCCAAUGGGCACCACAAGUUGAGAUCUUGAGCCAUGGAUCAAUCGGUGGGUUCUUGUCUCAUUGCGGCUGGAGCUCUGUGUUAGAGAGUUUAACUCAAGGAGUGCCAAUAGUGGCUUGGCCUCUUUACGCAGAGCAAUGGAUGAAUGCUACAUUUCUGACUGAAGAGAUCGGUGUAGCCGUUCGUACCUCGGAGUUACCGUCAAAGAGAGUGAUCAGCCGAGAAGAAGUGGCGUCUUUGGUGAGAAAGGUUAUGGGCGAAGAGGAUGAAGAAGGACGGAAGGUAAGGGCUAAAGCUGAGGAAGUAAGGGUUAGCUCCGAACGAGCUUGGACUCAAGGUGGUUCGUCUCAUAGUUCUCUCCUCGAAUGGGCAAAACGAUGUUGCCUUCUGUCAUUCACAAAUAAUACAGUGUCAAUUUAAAGGUGUUUGUCAAAUUAAAGUUACUUUUAAAUAAUAUGAAUCAUAUGAUGUUAUACGAAGUAUGCUUACCAUCUGGCAUUAUGUAAUUUCUUAUGAAUAAAAUAAUAAAUUGAA